AUGGCGACUACCGUUGGUGUGCUGGCCCUCCAGGGCGGCUUUCUCGAGCACCUCUCACUCCUUCAGAAAUCCGCACAGCACCUCGCCAGCACAUCUCCGCUCGCGAGAAAACCGACCUUUAAUUUCAUCGAGGUCAGGAACCCCCAGGACUUGGCACAAUGCGAUGCCCUUAUUAUCCCAGGCGGUGAGAGCACCACCAUCGCUCUCAUAGCAGCACAGUCAGGGCUCAUGGAGCCCCUGAGAGAUUUUGUCAAAACCGCCAAAAAGCCCACCUGGGGCACCUGCGCAGGCCUCAUUCUCCUCGCCGAGGCGGCCAACGCCGCCAAGAAGGGCGGCCAGGAGCUCAUAGGCGGCCUAGACGUCAAGGUGCACCGCAACCACUUCGGCCGUCAGAUCGAGAGCUUCGUGGCGGACGUCCAGUUGCCGUUCCUGGCGCAAUCGGACCUGCUCUCGGACUCGGAUUCCGCGGCCCCGUUCCCCGGCGUCUUCAUCCGGGCACCCAUCGUUGAGCAGCUGCUGGCCCCGGGCGCGACAGUGGACUCGGUGGAGCCGGGAGUUACGGUUUAUAAUGGAAACCCUGAGAAGGCCAAGGUCGAGAUUCUGGCUGUACUUCCUGACAGGAAGAACAAGGUGAAGGGGAGCGCCGUGGACAGCACAACCGAGGUCCACGGGGGCGAGCUCAACAACAUUGUUGCUGUUAGACAGGGAAACGUCAUGGGCACGAGUUUUCAUCCUGAAUUGACUGAUGAUGUUCGCAUACAUGUUUGGUGGCUGGAACAAGUACUCAGGACUGUUUCUUGA